AUGGAAAAACUUGUGAAAACCCGCGGUGGUUGUCGGAGUUGGGUGACGCGUGAAAGUAAUGCGUUGCACGCGUACCUCCGUGAUGACAAAGCAGUGACGGUACAAGGGUUGAAAAUUAUGGUGUCUGAAUUUGAAAAGAGACUUGAUGUCCUGGACGAGGCUCAGCAGGCGGUUGAGGACGCAUUCGACGACGAAGGGCAAAGGGACGUUAACAUUGCCUCUGCUAGCGAUUUUCAGAUGAAUUCGCUGCGUGUAAAAAUGGCGGCCAUGGCCAAGAUGGCAGACCUGGUAGAUGAGAAAAAGAUAGCACCACUUAGCAUUCCUGGCACGAGUUGUGAUGCUGUAGCUAAACUUCCGAAGAUUGAGAGAGAGAAGUUCAAUGGUGACAAUUUAAAGUGGCAGAGUUUUUGGGACCAGUUCAACGCUAUUGUUCACAAUAAGCCAAGGACUGCUGCUGUGACCAAGUUCAGCUCUCUCUUGUCGUCAUUGGGAGGUGAUGCCCUGGAGUCGAUACGAGGAUUCACGCUUACCGACGCAAACUAUGAUCUGGCCCGAGCAUGUCUGACUGACCGAUACGAUCGCAAGGAGAGGAUUAUAUUCUCUCAUAUCCAGGCUUUGUUGAAUUUUUCAGUGCCGACUGGUGUUGCUGUUGCCGGUUUAUGGAAGCUGCGUGAUGAUCUGAACAGUCAUGUAAGAUGCCUUGCGGGCUUAGAUGUAAGCGGAGAAAAGUAUGGCUUGUUUUUAACACCACUCGUACUCUCCAAACUGCCUACAGAGAUAAGAAUGGAGUGGGCAAGAGUGGGAGAGGGGAAAGAGCGUGAUCUACAGUUCCUUCUCAAUUUCCUGAAAGUCGAAAUCGAGCGACGUGAACGGGCUGAUGGUUUUCGGUCAAUGCAGUCUUCAAAGGUGAAACAACAUGCUUCAGACGAGACAAAACGUACUGUCUCAGUACCCCCGACGGCGUCUGUUCUUCAUACUCAAGGUCAAGGACAUAAUCGUGGUGCUUGCGCUUUCUGUUCUAAGUCUCAUCCAUCUGAGAAAUGUUACAAACUGACUAAACUGCCACUAGAUGAACGUCAUAAAUUCAUUCAGGAGUCUCGUGCAUGUUUUCGGUGUUUGAAUAUCGGUCACAUGGCCAGAGGUUGUGCUACGAAAUAUCAGAAGUGUGGAGGUAGACAUCGUGCCCUUCUUUGUGACCCCACUAAAGUAAAGUCAAGGCAGCAAACCCCAGCUGAAAGGAGUGGGCAGUCUGGCAGUGGUUCAGGACAAAGUGGCUCUCAGGCUCAGUCUAGUUCUCAGUCUGGCGAGUCUGCGUCACAUGUGACGGUGUCCUGUACUAAUGACAGAGUGCACACGGUGCUACCAACAGCUUGUGUUUCUGUGAGAGGUCCGAAGGGUAGGAUGGAGACUGCCAAUGUACUGUUUGAUACUGGGUCAGAUACUACAUUCAUUUCUAGUGCCUUUGUCAAGAAAAAAGUACCAGAAUGGGUUACUUCUAAAUACAUGUCUUAUGCUGCAUUUGGUGGUAAUACACCUUCAUCAUGUUCUGUACAUAAUGUAUAUAAGGUUGAUUUACAGAGUAGAACGGUUGAGAGUAGAUUGUUGCAAGCUGUUGAAGUGAAAACUAUUGGUGCACCUCUAGUCAGACCAAAGAUUUCUGCUCAGAUUUUACAAUCUGUUUGUGAGUUGAAUUUAGCUGACCAGUAUGAUGAAAAGAAAGAAGUCAAGAUUGAUUCACUGAUUGGCUUAGACCAUUAUUGGGAUGUUGUGAAUUCUGAUGUUAGGAAGUUGUCAGAGGGUCUUGUUGUGCAGAGUACAGCUUUUGGCUGGGUGAUAUCUGGUUCAUGGUGUGAUGAAACUGUAAAUGUAUCUUCUCCUACUUGUCUUCUAUCUCAUCAACACUCAUUAGUGUCUCUUUCUGAUAUCCCUGAGUAUAGUUUGCAUAGGUUUUGGGAUUUGGAGACAAUUGGUGUAAGUCCUGAGGUUGAGAGUUGUUCUGAAGAUGAGGUGUUGAGAGAAUUUAAUGAAACAGUCAAGUUUGUUGAUAGUAAAUAUGAAGUUCAGCUCCCAUGGAAGGAGCAUGUGUCGAAGUUGGAUUUGUUGAACAAUAAGAGCUUGGCUGAAUCUCGUCUUGAGAGUUUGAAUCGUAGGUUAGCUAAGCACACCCAGUUGAGACAAGAUUACAAUGACACUCUUUUUGAUUUAGAGGGUCUGGGUAUCAUUUCUGAGGUGCUGGAGACCGAUUUUUUGCCUCCUGGUCGACCUAUUUUUUACCUACCACAUCAUCCAGUAGUAAAGGUCAGUAGUUUGACAACUAAGGUUAGGCCAGUAUUUGAUGCCUCGGCCAAGGGUUAUAACAAGGUGUCUUUAAAUGAUUGCAUGGAAUCAGGACCUGCUCUCCAACCCAGUUUAGUUGAUGUACUCAUUAGAUUCCGCCGAUGGCGUGUUGGUCUCAUUGCUGAUAUCACGAAGGCCUUUCUACAAAUAAAGGUUCGGGAUGAAGAUCAGGAUGUACACCGAUUUCUGUGGGAUGUAAAUGGCCACAGGCGUGUCAUGAAGUUUCUUAGAGCUCCCUUUGGGAACACUAGUAGUCCAUUUUUGUUGAAUGCCACAGUUCGCCAUCAUAUCUCUCUGUAUCCUAAGUCAAAAGCCAUAGAAGAGCUUGAGGAAAAUCUGUAUGUAGAUGAUUGGGUCACAGGAGCAGAUACUGAUGAUGAGGCUUGUGAUCUUUUUUAG